GCAGCAGUGGCCCGGUGAUGCUUAGAUUUACAGUUUUACUCAAUUUUAUAUGCGUUUUGUGACAGAGCGGCGGCUGUGCUUUAUGAGCAAACACACACAGUUAACAGGUGACAUCAGUAUAAUGUCAGAGCUGUGGUCACAAGGAUAAAAAAAGACUUGAUCCAAUCCGCAGCGGCUCAGACGUUGCGGUUGAGAAAAGAGGUCUGGUUGUUUUGCUGCACCAAAGAAGCACCGCCUGUUACCUUCAGCCAGAGCAGUGACCAGCGCAGCUUACCAUUGCUUGUCUGGCUCGAUUCAUCUCCAGCGCUGACUUCAUCCUCAAAGAUGAAGUUGAAGGAGGAUUUGAACCCCCUGCUGUUGCAGGUGUUCCGCUCGGUGGUCUGGGUCUACUCCGUCAUCACCUUCAUACCCUGGUACUUCUUCUCCGGAGCUGGCACCAACUUGGAACGGGCUCGUCGGAUCAAGGCGCGCUCAGUUAGCGGAAACCCAGCCGGGCCGUACAGGGCCAUCAACAGUCAAGAGAAGCUGGUGGCAUGGCUGCACCCUGGGGUGGACACCCUGGACAAAAUGUUUGAAUUUGCUGCCAGUCGGUUUCCGCAGAGAGACUGCCUGGGCACCAGGGAGGUGCUCAGUGAGGAGGACGAGAUCCAGCCUAAUGGCAAGGUCUUCAAAAAGGUUAUUCUAGGGAACUAUAACUGGCUGUCAUACGAGGAAGCGUACAAGGCAGCAAAGUGUUUUGGCAGUGGUCUGGCAGCACUCGGCCAGAGGCCCCAGUGUAACAUCGCCAUCUUCUGUGAGACCAGAGCGGAGUGGAUCGUGGCGGCACAAGCCUGCUUCAUGUACAAUUUCCCACUUGUGACCCUGUACGCCACUCUCGGACCCACGGCCAUCGCCCACGGUCUGAACGAGACCGGCAUCACGCACAUCAUCACGAGCAGUAGCCUGCUGCAGAGCCGUCUCAAGGCCAUACUGUGCGAUGUGCCGAGGCUGCAGUACAUCAUUGUAGUUGACUGUAAACCCACAAGCUGGCCAAACAUCCCCAGAGGCAUCAUGGUGUACAACAUGGACGCUGUGAAGGAGAUGGGAUCCAAGCCUGAAAACAUCGCAGUAGACCGCAGACAGCCAGAGCCCUUGGACAUCGCGGUCAUCAUGUACACCAGCGGCUCCACAGGCAUCCCCAAGGGUGUCAUGAUCUCCCAUGGCAACAUCAUUGCUGGCAUCACUGGCAUGGCUGAGCGAAUCCCUAACCUCAAUGAAACAGACACCUAUAUUGGCUACCUGCCGCUGGCACACGUUUUAGAGCUCAGUGCUGAACUGGUGUGCAUCUCUCACGGCUGUCGCAUCGGCUACUCCUCCCCUCAGACUCUAGCCGACCAGUCUACCAAGAUAAAGAAGGGCAGUAAAGGGGACACCAGUGUGCUGAAACCUACCCUCAUGGCUGCUGUACCAGAGAUCAUGGAUCGAAUCUAUAAGAAUGUGAUGACCAAAGUGGAGGAGAUGAGCAAAAUCCAGAAGACGUUCUUUGUGCUGGCCUACAACUACAAGAUGGAGCAGAUCUCCAGAGGCUACAGCACGCCUCUCUGUGACAGUCUGGUGUUCAAACGGGUGCGUGCGCUCUUGGGAGGGAACACACGGGUGCUGCUUUCUGGCGGAGCUCCACUCUCAGCUGCCACACAGCGCUUCAUGAACAUCUGCCUGUGCUGCCCCGUGGGGCAGGGCUACGGCCUGACGGAGACCUGUGGAGCUGGCACCAUCAGCGAGAUUUGGGACUACAGCACAGGACGGGUUGGUGCUCCACUGGUCUGCUCAGAGAUCACACUGAAGGACUGGGAGGAGGGUGGUUACUACAGCACAGAUAAGCCCAACCCCCGUGGGGAGAUUUUGAUCGGCGGCCCCAAUGUAACGAUGGGUUACUACAAAAACGAAGCAAAGAACCGUGAGGACUUCUUUGUGGAUGAGAGCGGCCAGCGAUGGUUCUGCACCGGAGACAUUGGAGAGUUCGAACCUGACGGAUGCCUUAAGAUCAUCGACCGUAAGAAGGACCUGGUGAAACUGCAGGCGGGCGAGUAUGUCUCUCUAGGAAAGGUGGAGGCUAUUUUGAAGAACUGCCCACUCAUAGACAACAUCUGUGCCUAUGCCAACAGUGACCAGUCGUAUGUGAUCAGCUUCGUGGUGCCGAACCACAAGCAGUUAAUGGCGCUGGCGGAGCAGCUGCAGGUGACGGGCACAUGGGAGGAGAUGUGCAACAACCCCCUGUUGGAGAAAGAGGUCCUCCGCAUCCUUACUGAGGCUGCUCUCUCAGCGAAAAUGGAACGAUUCGAGAUCCCCAAGAAGAUCCGUCUGAGUGCCGAGCCAUGGACACCGGAGACCGGGUUGGUCACUGAUGCAUUCAAGCUAAAACGCAAGGAGCUCAAAUCACACUACCAGGAAGACAUUGAGAGGAUGUACGGUGGAAAAUAACCCACACAAACACAAUCCAAACAACAAGUACAUACUUGCACACAUACACAAGGAGCUCAGAAGCCACUACGAGGAGUAUUCAGAGUUAUAUACUUAAGAUACAGUUACCAAACACACACAUACACGCAUAUAAUUACAGGAACAUAAAGCGACUCAUGCACCUCCUCCUCGGCUUUGAUCAAAAGAGGAAAGAACUCUUGAAUCCAGCGUAUUGCUCUCUGUCGAGACCAAAAAGGCAGGAGUCCCUCACAGACAACUGAGCCAGCCGGAUGUGCAAGGUGCGACACACUCCCCGUUCCCCUUUGAUGGACUCAGCCCUUUGAGUUGCUAUGACAACCGAGGCACCACAUGAAAUAGGACGUCCGCAUGACUCGAAGUGAAACAAAUGUCAGGCUAGACGUGGAUCAAUGUCAGCGCUCUGUGUUUGUUGC